AUGGCAAACCAACUGCGUAAAAAGCCUGAGGUCACCUCUGAAGAUCAAGACGCCAUUCUGGAAUUACUUUGCAGUCUGUUGACACCGCUGGGUCAACACCGCCAAAGGCACGUCAAACCUUCGGAAGGCAAACGGGCCGCCAAAAGGAAGAGAAAGGAAGAGGGAGCUGCUGGCAAGGAAGUCGGAAAGAGCGAGCGUCCACCACUGCCAGAAAUCGCCUCUUUCGUCGACGUUGGUCUAGCAAGCAUCACCCGCAACCUCGAAAGACUCGCACCGACGCCGCAAGGCUCAGAACCAGACACCGACAGCCCCAGCAUGGCGGUAGUCCCUCCUGCUCCUUACGCCCUUAUUUUCGUCGCCCGCUCCGGCCAGUCAUCAGCCUUCAACUGUCAACUGCCCCAGAUGGUAGCCGUUGCUUCCAAUAAUACUGCACCAGCGCCUGCAACAAGACUGGUUGGAUACUCCAAGCCAUGUGCCGAGAAACUCAGCGCUGCUGUCGGUAUCCCGAGGGUUUCGUCGAUUGGAAUCCGGAUGGGCGCCCCAAUGUCGAAGGCGCUGGUCGACUACGUUCAGAAGAACGUCUCUCCUAUCCACGUCGCUUGGUUGGACGAGGCAAAAGAUGCUGUCUACCGUUCCACACAGUUGAAGGUGGAAGAAAAGAUGAUACCGGCCAAGAAGAGUGGCAAGGCGUGA